CUCCGCCGCGGUCGCACUAAGGAAAACAGCUGUGCCGUCGUGCUAGCAGCUAAGUUAGCGCCGUUUGUUUUUGUCGUGUGUGUCAGCCAAGUCGACUCGCUUUUUCUUGAAGCAACUCGCUCAAUUUUACAACCCAGAGUGACCGACGCGUUGUCUGUCAUCUCUCUUAACGAUGAAGUUUCAAUACAAAGAGGAGCACCCUUUCGAGAAAAGGCGGUCCGAAGGAGAGAAAAUAAGGAAGAAGUAUCCGGAUAGGGUACCUGUAAGUAGCUAACGUUUGCUAGCCUGUUAGCACGAUCCGAUGGUAGUCUGAUUACAUUCAAAUGCGGGUUCUGACUUAGCAUUUCACACGAAUUACACACACAAGAUAGACGUAAUUUCUAAUCCUUAUUGUCAUUUGAAUUAAUAAAACAAUACAGUAGCUAGUUUACGAAACCAGCUAGAGGUUAACUGAGAAGGAUUUCGGCCGCAGUGAACAGGCCACCCAGUCCCAGCCUCAUGUAAUCCUUCCGGGUGUGUGUUUAUUUUAAGCAUUUACAGGUUUAAAAAGAGAUAUUUUUGCUAAGAGAGAAUUAUAAUGAUUGGGUGGUGGUACAUAGAGUGUCUAUAGUCUGCAGUGUGUGUGUUAAAGGUGUGAUCAUGAAGCUGGUGUUGAAACACACACACAGCAGCGCACCUUAAAAUAGUCCGUGUCAACAAACAGGACACUUGUUUACGUCCUUCUGCCUCUCCAAGAUUGAUUUAUUUCAUUUAAAUAGAUAUUUAGUUCCUUUACGCGACGUUAAAGAGCUGUUUUGGACAAAUUGUACAUUAUGUUCAACUUAAUAUAUUCAUUUAGCAAUCCCAUUGUCUAAUAGACCUCUAAAUUAUCCAAGUAAUACACCACCUAAUCUGUAUUUCAGUAUCUUUAAUGACACUAUUUUCAAGAAUCAAUGAGGACACAAUCAAGUGAAGAGGUUUGCUCAGUUAAAUGUAAAAAAAAAAAACAACAACAUUAUUUUCUCACUGUCUUUGUAAACAAAGAUUCCUUAUCAAGGCCAGAGACACUACAUCUUAUCUAUUUUCAGGAAAUUAAACUAAUAGUAAAGGAUUUUUGAGACAUACUCUCACUCAGUUGACUGAGCGUUUAACCCCACACAGCUUAAUAGUGUGUUGGCAGGUAGGAUUUUUUAAGUCCUAUUUUUAGACCCAAGAGAAGAAGUACCAGAAAUAGUUUCAUUUUUGCCACGUCUGAAUCUGAAGCAGGCGUGUGAUUUGUUUAACCUGUUUUCUAAAGGAUAUUAUAGUUUAUUUCAGCCCCUGUUUUAAAAUUUGUUACAUGUUUCUCUUGUUAAAUCAGGAUAAUAAAGCUUUUUCCCCCUGGAUAAAAGGGUCACUAUACAAUAGGGCCCGACCGAUAUGGAUUUUUUGGGGCCAAUACCGAUUAUUAGGGGGGAACAAAAUCCGAUUACCGAUUGAUCGGCCGAUUUUUACAAAUUUUUAUGAAGUUAGAAAAAUUAUAUAUAUAUAUAUAUAUAUAUAUAUAUAUAAUUUUUAUAUAUAUUUUAUAUAUAUAUAUAUAUAUAUAUAUAUACUGUAGGCUUCUGCUCUUCACGCCGACAGGAAGACCAACUGAUUAAACUCCAACCAAAAAGCGUUUUCAACUCUUCUGCGCCGAUCGGUGCCUCGGCGUCUUAACUCACGUUACUUAUUUCCGGUCCGGUCUCAUCUGGAGACAUGCAGCUGCCUCAGUAAGAGAAGUAGCUCGAUCACGUAAUGUGUACUGUUGUUUAUUCUACCGUUACUGGCACGGCUAACAGUGUAGCAAGGCUAAUAGCAGAUGGCUAACUCUAACUUUAGCUUGCAUAUUACAUGGUGCUUCACCGUUAACUUGGUGUGACCGAGACCAGCACAGUGGGGAACAUUGUGAAGUGGGUUGAACUGAAACUUGUUGACUUAUUGUGUACUUCACAAACUGGUUUAUUUACCGUUGAGGCGGACCACUCUCCUCCAAUGGUCGCUGCACCAUCUACAGGAUAAGUCAGGGAACUUUUCAAAUGGUGGAACAUUUUCGAAGUGAAACUAAAUCUUAUUCUCCGCAUUUUAUUUCUGACAAUAUGGCCAGUUUUGGCCGAUUACCGAUUAGUCUCAAACAGGCUAAAAUUAGCCAAUUUAAUCGGCUCGCAUAUAAAUCGGUCGGGUCCUACUAUACAUCCCCUUUAAGAUGAGUAGAGAUGUUGGGAAAACCCUGAAAAUUAAUUGCAUAGGAAGAACUGUUGCUAUCUUAAGGAAACCAGAAAAUGAGGUAAAUCUGGAGAAAACAACUUGUUUUGUUUCAUAGGAAAUCUGGGUAAACAAAUGUAUGAGUGGAUAUCAUCUCAGUGCCUCUAUAGAGUCUUUCUGUUGAGAUAUAAAACAUUUUUGUGAAGAAUGUAAAAGGAUACUGAGAUUAAAUCAGCCGCCUUCUUGCUUGGUCAACCAUGCACUUUCAUAUCCCUUUUCUUGAAUAGGUGAAACUAUGCGUCACUGCUUUUGAUUUUUACGGGCAAACUUUUCAUUAUCAUUUCAGGUUAUUGUGGAGAAAGCCCCCAAAGCCAGAAUAGGAGACCUGGACAAGAAGAAAUACCUUGUCCCCUCCGACCUGACAGGUAGAUAUUUAUUAUGUCCCGCACAUUGUAGUGGAACUAUACUAUACGACUUUAACACCUGAAAUCUGAUCAUUUCUUUCAUUAGUGGGCCAAUUUUACUUCCUCAUCCGGAAAAGAAUCCACUUGCGAGCUGAGGAUGCUCUCUUCUUCUUUGUAAACAACGUCAUUCCACCCACCUCAGCCACCAUGGGACAGUUGUACCAGGCAAGAGUCGCACUCAUUUUCUACCUCGCUGAUCUGUGCUCAGUAUUUAUGUUACACUCUGGCAGGGUAAAGUAAAAAAGAGCCUCCUGUAAAUUUUUAAUCUCUGUCUGACAUGUUUUUUUCCCCUCACUCUCUCCUCCAGGAGCAUCACGAAGAGGACUUUUUCCUCUACAUUGCCUACAGUGAUGAGAGCGUGUAUGGGAGCAGCCAAAGGGAAAUCUGAUCCCGCUACCACCCCCUCCUUCAACCACUACCCACCUCCCUGAGACCUCCACCAUUCAUUCAUUUAAAUAUUAAAAAUCCAGCUCAGCAGCCUAGAGUUCCCAGAGUAAAUAUGUCAAACGCACUUUCACCACCCUUUCCCAACCGUUUCUGUCUUUCUUACUCUGCAGUCUGAAUUGUAUUCACCUCCGCUUUUCUUUUCCAGUAGGUUAAAGUGGUCUCCGGCCAGUUAUUUUUCUAGUUGCAAUAAUUGAUUGUUCAUGCUUAACGGAAAACUCUAAGGAAUAUUGACAAAAAAUGAUAGAAUAGAUUGUUAAAGUAGUUAGCUUGUGGUGAAGGGGAAAAAAAAGGCAAAGUAUGUGAGUUCAAAUCAGCUCCUCUGGACAAUGAAGAUCAGUUUCGGUUGUCUGCUUUUGAUGGCUUUCAGGAGAGAGUUUCGAGUUUGAGGAAAUGAGUAGCUUUUACCAGCUGAAGGCAGGUUGUUUUUGUCUCUGGCAGAAGUAAAAGAUAACUAUUGAUGUAGUUCUUUUCCUGGAAAACUGUUUCAAGUUAGUUUUUUUCAAAUCCACCAGGUGUAGAAAUCUUGAAGUGAAGUAUCCGAUCUCAACCCUUAUCAAGGAGUGUAAUAGAAUUCAGACUAAACAAUCAUCCCUGCUUUCAGUGGUAAGAAUAUUAUGUUGACUGCUACUAUGAUUAUUGUUGUUAUUACUGUUAAUUUUAGAUGGCUUAAUUUCUAAAGGUAUUGUAAAGCUGAGUGCAAUUUUCUCUUUUUUAAGUUUGUUUCCUUUUUUUAAAAAAAAAAUUUAAGAUUUGAACUCUGUAUACAGCUGCAUUACUGGCUCUCUCUCCACUCAUGACCAUACAUGAUAAAAUGUGAUAAAAGCUACACGUGUUCCUCGUCUUUAUUGAACUCUGAUAAUCGUGCUUGUGUUUUAUAAGUUAUGAUUUGGGUUUCAAACCAGCUCAAAAAGUCAGCUUCCUUCUCGGAAUGUAAACUAAGUCUUUUAUUUGUCUCAUAAUCUGAAAAUCCAACAUUCUGAUAAAGCAUGGCCUUUGCUCCUGUUUCUGCAUGUGUUUGCUUUAUCAUAUCAACUGCUGUGACUCAAAUAUAUGUCAAGAGUUGUGCAAGCUGACACGGAUAUGUUAACCGGAAUAGAUGGACCCAGCGAACCAAGAGGUCCAUGUUUCUUAACAACUUACAAAAAACAUUCAGACAACUUAUUUGAUUUAAUUACAUACAGUGGAUAUAAAAAGUCUACACACCCCUGUUCAACUGCCAGGUUUUAGUGAUGUAAGAAAAUGACGGCAAGAUAAAUAUUUUCACAACUUUUUCCACCUUUAAUGUGACCUAUAACCUGUGCAAUGCAAUUGAUAAACAAACUGAAACCUUUAAGGGGAAAAAUAAAAGAUAGAAAAGUUAAAAUAA